AUGGAUCCAGAGAAUUCAUUAGCAACCAGUUAUGACUCUACUUCUGCAAGCAGGUCAGUUUUCUUGUGCCAAAAACCUCCAAACAUCAUCUGGGAUUUGACUCAUACGACUUUCCCCUGGAUUUUAGUGUUCAUUACAUCUAUUGCUUCUCCUAUCAUCACUUUCCUGAACGCUACUGUAAUCGUGGCUUUUAAGAAACGGAGAGAACUAAAAAAACAGUCGAACAUUUUGCUAUGCAGCAUGGCCUUCACUGAUCUCCUAACAGGUGCUAUAACCAUGCCACUAUCUGCCACAACCGUUGUUUUAAUGCUCAGCCAAGUUUCUUUGGAGCAUAUUUGUACAUUAGAUUCCCUGGUGACGAAACCUAUAAUAUUUCUCAUGUCUUUAUCAUCCUUAUUUCACUUAACUGCCAUUGCUUGGGAGAGAUACAUGGCCAUAAAAUGUGGGAUGGAGUACAAGAGCAAGGUAACAGAAAGUCUCCUCAAAAAAUUUGCGCUAACUGCUUGGGUAUUACCUUUUUUCAAACAAGGUCUAACUGUUAUAGUGAUGGCAAUUAGUAUCUCAGAAAAUUUCCUUGGUAUCUGCAUUUUAGUUGAGGCUGUCGUGGUCCUUGGUUGUUCAAUCGCCAUUGCAUAUUUUUACUUCAAGGUCUUACUUGGAGUGCGGAGGCAAAAGAAGAACAAAACUAGCCAGGUAUCUGUUUUGUUGAAUGUGAAACUCCAAUCUAAAAUUGCCACUACAACUGGUUUGGUAACCGCUGCACUUCUUUUUUCGUUUGUUUUUUCAGUUGUUAUUGUUAUUCUAGGUAGUUUUUCACCAAUAUUUCGUAUGAAUUCCACUUUUCAAUUGGCAGAGCUAGUUUUACAGCUGAACUCCCUUUUAAAUCCAAUAUUAUACUGCUAUAGCGACCACCGUUUUAAAAACGCUGUCCAAGAGCUGUUAGGUCUCAAAAAAACACAAAAAAUCCAACCAACCUUUCAUGCCAAUCGAUGUUUAAGACGAAAAGAGUCCUUUCAAUCAGUAGAGAUGAAACUGCAAGGAGAGGAAAUUUUCAUCGUGCAAUCUACAAAAUCCGCUCCCUUUGAGCCUGCCGUUGAACAUGAAGGGGCCUCUAGCAUAAAUAUGGAAAGGUCCAUCUCUGGAUACUGCAGUGAUUCAUUUGCUCAAUGUAAUGUCCAGAUUCCGGAGCCCUUGUCCGUCCAUACGACAACCGCUGUGAUCCAUAGUCAAAGUUCUAGGCAAUGUAGAUAUAGAAUUUCCAAAGAAAAGGUUCACCCUGUAUCACCAACUGCAAACGACGCAGUUUCUUCGCAAGGAUCAGCAAAUCGAACCCUUACAACAAGAUCGAAUACCUGCGGGGCUGAACCAUCUGAAUUUAUUGAAAAUAUUGCUUAG